CUCAUAUAUCUGAAGAGUUGCGGUCUGGCUUUGUGGUUUGGUGUGGUCGUUAGGGGUUGGCGCAAGUGAGGCUAUGUGAAGCUGCUGCAGCUCGAGGCCCGGUACGACCUGGCAAGGUAAGGUCGUGAGGCUCGGGACCUGAAAGGCCAGGGGGAGUUGAUUGGCGCUUAAGUGAGGGGCAAUCCGUACUCAGCCUCGUCCAACGAUCCUGCCUAGCAUUGCACGGGACAACGCGUCUUCGCAACGUCUGUCUGCAGCAUCUCAAUAGAGUGUCAACUAUGCCAGUGGUGUCGCUAUCAUCAGCCAGCAUCGACCAUCAUCUUCCCUGCAUACUCCGGAAACCUGAUGGCUCCAUAAUUCAGCCUCGCAAAGAAUUUAUUGCCUUUGCACAACACCAGCUGGACGUUUCGCGCCUUGAUCGCAUAGCUGCGCAUCUCUGGAUGGUCGGCAGGGUUGGCAAUGUGCAUCCUUUGCAUCGUCAGCACGUGCUGGGUCGUGAAGUGAACCUGACCGAGCAAGCAGAUCUUCAUCUGUUGUGGAUCGAGAAGACCAUUUUCAUCAAACCGCUCCCUGCCUGGCUUCUGGACGGAGACAUCUGGAAGCAGCACAUUCGCGCGUCUCCUCGGCUCCAAGCACGCGCGAAUGGCUUCAUGAGGACGUAUGCAUACCUUGUCGCGUAUGAAUGCGAUUUCGAGAUCGCCAGAAGGUUAAAUCUCAUUCCAGCAGGGCUCACAUGGUCGUCAUGGCUUGAGUUGGUUCAAGAUAGACUCCUUCCCCUGUGCUUGGACCGGAACCCCUCGAACUUCGCCCCCAGAUACACCUACGGCGAGCUUCGCCUCAGCCGUAUCAAUAUUUUGUAUCGUCUCCUGCCGGAACUCAAGCUGAAGUACUUCUUUCGUGGAUAUCAUUAUGGUAGCCGGACGUACCAGGGAUUCCUUGAACGCAACUUUGCUUGGCUGGUUGCAGGCUUUGCAUACCUUGCACUUGUUCUGACGGCCAUGCAGGUGGGCCUUGCAACGAGACAGCUGGAAAACAACGCGGCAUUCAAUGCAGCCAGCUAUGGAUUCACCGUUUUCUCGAUCCUUGUGCCGCUGUUUGCUGUAGGAGUGCUGGCCGCAGUAUCACUCCUCUUGACGGUUUACCACGUAAGGGCGACUUUGAGCCACUUCCAUAAAACCACGGUCGGAGUCAAACCUUAAGCAUGCUGCCUUCGCACCAGCGAGGUCACCACUCACCCCAGUUAUGACAUCGAGGUUGUAUGGUACAGAAGGUUGGAUUAUAUGUGUAUCGAUCCUGGCUCAAGAGGGAGCAAGAUCUGGCCGUCACUGUCAGACGCGAAGAGAUGCUCUUGGACGAAGGAGGAGACCUGCGGUGCACCGUGCACAGGAAGGUUGUGGGGAGUGACACGAGAUGACUGCAGUCGGUGUGGACAAAUCAAUAUCCAGGUGGGCGCCAUCGCACCAAGUACGUUGAUAGACAUCAGAGUCUUGCUUCAUACCUUCGUUGCAGAUGAAAGGAUUUGUGCAGCUUAACGCCAAUCGAGGAAAGAGGGAUGUAUCGGCAAAGUUCAUCAGAAGU